AUGGCAGACUCCUCGAAUUCUACCCAAUGGAUUGAAGACGCUAUUUUAAAACAGCUUAUUAACUGUUUUGAUUGUAGUGAAUUUAGCGAUAGCGAAAAAAUUGGCGAUAGUAGUAAAUUUAGCCCUAUUGUAAAGUCUGAAUGGAAAAGUUGUGGGUUAACUGUAGCUCUUAAGAGUUUAAAAUUUGAUGCCGAAGAAAAGGAAGCAAAACAAUUUGUGAAAGAG